AUGGUGGACCUGUUUGUGGGGAGGGUUCUGGUGAAGAACAACGCGGAGCUCGAGGAGCUGGACACGGAGCGCGAGGUGGUCCUGCGCCUGCAGAACCGCAUCGUCCUGCUCCUCUUCGGCUCGGGGGCGUGCGACCACUGCCGUGACUUUGCGCCCGUGAUGGCAGACUUCUAUAAGCGUCUGACGGACGAGUUCUACGUGGAGCGCUCGGCGCAGCUUGUGCUGCUGUAUAUCUCACUGGAUUCCUCUGAGGACCUGCAGGCCAAGUUCCUGAAGGAGCUUCCCAAGCGCUGCCUCUUUCUGCCCCACAAGGAUCCCUACAGGAAGGAGCUGGAGGUGAUGUUUAGGGUGGAGAAGCUGCCCACGGUGGUGGUACUGCGUCCAGACUGUUCCGUCCUCUCUUGGAACGCAGUGACGGAGAUCUGCACAAUCGGACCAGACUGCUACCGCAACUGGCAGGAAGGAGCGGAGCUCAUUGACAGGAACUUCAUGAUGAACGAGGAAUAUGACGAGAGCAAAAUGCGCAGCAUCACAGACCCCAUCCGCCGGCUCAAAUACAAGGUGGAUGGCAAAAAGAGAAAGAAAGAGGAGAAGGAUGCAGAGGAAGAUAUUCAUGAAAAUGAUGGAGGGGCAGGGACCUGGAGAUGAGGAUGAAGCUGAAAUUCUUUCCUGUUCCCAAAUCUUAAACAUGGCAGUCAGCUACUAUAUUUGGAAUCUUUUUUUUUUUCUUGAUUAGAUCUGUUGAUUGAUUCACUGACAUUCUGCCUGAAAACAUUCUGCAAUAUGUUAUAAUUUAUCAUUUUAUCAUUGAUAUGUUUUCAGUGGUUUGCAAUUAACUAUGAAGCUAAUAUGAAGUCAUGGUUAGUGGCUAUAGGGAAAUACAACUGCAACUCAAAACUGCAAAAAGGAACAUCAGUGUAAGAAUAAAGCAGU